UAAGUUCUAUAUUAUUGCUAAGUAAUAAUAGUGAUGACAAAUCAGAAAAGAAGUCGAUCAUUACAGAUGGUGUGAUAAGAGCGACAGGGCAACCAAUGCCCUGUGUGUCACCAUGAAACACUUUCAUGGAGGAAGAGAAAGUGUUUCAGUUUGCUCUGACACUGUGAAACCUUACCUACAGACAACUUCCUGCUUACAGUAUGGUAUCAUGAAAACACGUUGUGGAGUAGUGAGAGGUUAGAACCAACCCUUACCCUUUAAACCACAAAAACUCACUAACUACUCACCCAUUGGAUGAUAAAGCUGUCAUUCAUGGGUUGAGGGGGCGGGAAGAAAGGUUUUAAGUCCUUAUGUCACAGUCACAUGGAUUCUCAUGCGGUAGAGACGCGAGGCAGAGGGAGGCACAGCAGCGCUCCCAUCAGUCAGCAGCACAACACUUACGUCCCAGCCUGCACACGCUCUUGAGGCGAGGAUAUUGACGGUCCUCUGCAUGGCCACAGAGCCUCAGGAUGUAUUUAAUGAUCACAGCCAUGAAAGCUCAGAUUGAGAGUAUUCCCUGUAAAAUCUGCGGAGAUAAAUCAUCAGGGAUUCACUAUGGUGUUAUCACCUGUGAGGGAUGCAAGGGUUUCUUCAGGAGGAGUCAGCAGGGCACUGUGUCAUAUUCAUGUCCUCGGCAGAAGAGCUGUCUGAUCGACCGUACCAGCAGAAACCGCUGCCAGCACUGUCGCCUGCAGAAAUGCUUGGCAGUGGGCAUGUCAAGAGAUGCUGUGAAGUUCGGCCGGAUGUCUAAGAAGCAGAGGGACAGUCUGUUCGCAGAGGUUCAGAAACACCGUCAACAGCAGCAGGAGGAGAAGGCGGGUGAUGAGACGGAGAAGGGGCGGGAACCUCAACCUCCUGGAGAGGCGGAGCCACUCACGCCCUCUUACGCCCUGUCCACCAAUGGCGUCACAGAACUCCCCAAUGACCUCAGUGGAUACAUGAACGGUCAAACCCCAGAGGAGAGAAAGGCGGAUUCAGCGAUUGGUGGAUUUUACCUGGACAUUCAGCCCUCUCCAGACCAGUCAGGUCUAGACAUGGACGGCAUCAAACUAGAACCAGUGUGCGACCUCAGCCCAGACUCGGGCUUAGAUCAGUAUUGUUGCUAUAGCAGCAGAGAAUCUUCUCCUCCUGACAAUGACCUAGAACAUCUGUCAGAGAACAUCUGCAAGUCUCACAUGGAGACGUGCCAGUAUCUUCGGGAAGAGCUACAGCCCAGCAACUGGCAGACAGUUUUACAGACCGACCUGGACGCGUACCAAAAGAAGUCUCAGGAGGACAUGUGGCAGCUGUGUGCGGUUAAAGUCACUGAAGCUGUGCAGUAUGUGGUUGAGUUUGCCAAGCGCAUUGAUGGAUUCAUGGAGCUGUGUCAGAACGAUCAGAUCGUGCUGCUCAAAGCAGGUUCUUUAGAAGUUGUGUUCGUGAGGAUGUGUCGGGCGUAUAACUCCCAGAACAACACUGUCUUUUUUGACAGCAGAUAUGCCGGGCCUGAAGUCUUCAAAGCAUUGGGCUGUGAUGAACUUAUCAGCUCAGUGUUUGAGUUUGCGAAGAGCCUGACCUCUCUACAGCUCAGUGAAGAUGAGAUUGGCCUGUUUUCAGCAUACGUGCUGAUGUCUGCAGAUCGUUCCUGGCUGCAGGAGAAGACCAGAGUGGAGAAACUCCAGCAGAAGAUCAAGACUGCCCUCCAGAACCUCUUUCAGAACAACCAGAGAGAUGAGGGAAUUCUCGCAAAGCUUAUCUGUACAGUGUCCACCGUUCGGAUGUUAUGCCGUCACCAUAUGGAGAAACUGAACACAUUCAGAGCUCUUUACCCAGAGACGGUCCGCACACGCUUCCCUCCGCUCUAUAAGGAGCUGUUUGGCUCCGAAUUUGAGCAGGUUCUGCCUCAGGAGGCCUGAUAGAGACUUAUCCUAAUACUGCACAGAUUCAGAAAAUAGAGAUGGAAAGAUAAUACUAACAUGCUGACACGAACUCUAAGCUCACUUCAGCCUCAGUUCACGUACACUUCAUUCUCACAAAGCUCUUCUCGGAGUCCAGCUACACUUUGAACUUGCCCCACUGGUCGUGCACCAGAAGGCUGGCGGUCUGAGGAAGAGGAAACUUCAGAUGCAAGAAAAAAACAAACAAAAAAAAACGAUUGAUGUCUUGUAAUAUGCCUCAGAGCGUUCCUCCAUGCCACAGCUUUAUCUUUGAGCCUCCUGUUCUGACUGCAUGAGAUCUCAGUGGAAACGCCCAUUGCAUUUGACAGCCCCAGCAGCGCCCUCUACUGGCCGUAGACAGUCAUAGGUGUCUGACUGGGGUAGACGAAGACAGGAAAUGACCGUCUGGGGCUGAAAUCCCUGUCUUCUCUCUCCGGUGCCACAAUGAACAGCCCACGUUGGUGCUAACAUCCCAGCACUGCCCUUUACUGGCCUCUUCCAGUAUAUACAAAUUCAGCAGGGACAUCAUUUGGCGAAACCACUGCCCCAGGAAAAGACAUUGGACAAGGCGUGACAUGGGACUCAAACAAUGAGACCUGAAUCACUAUCAUACUGAAACUUUUCGGAUCAAAUGGCACAUUCGGAGGCAGUGAGCUCAAAAACUUGCAUAUAUACUUGUUAUAUGGUUAGUUAAAUCAUGCAAUGUAUGAUGUACAGAACCUAACGAAAGGUAGCACUUUGUGUUUUUCCCAGCAAUAAACGAGUUCAAAUUAAUUAGUCGAAAAAGCCUGAAGGAACAUGCUGUUAUUUUAGAUCUGUGAGAUCUGAAAUACUUGUUUGUGUUUUGUUCAAUCUCGGUCUUUUAAAGCCAGCUCGCGUUGUUGUGUAGAUGGCAGUGUGAUGCCCUGUUGUGCCAUAGUGAUCCUGUAAUCAGAUUUCUGUCAAAGUGAGCGAUGAUUGACAGAUCAGGGGCAUGCGUUGACAUUCCAGAGGAUCUAGCGGCUUGUAUUAAAUGUCAUGGGGAUGGAGGUGGUUGCCGUUGUUCCUAACGGACCCUUUUUGAGAUAACGUCUAGACGUCUUUUGCACCUAGUAAUGCAGCUCAUCAGGGAAGAGGAGAGAAUAAAAAUGGUCGCUUAUUUUUUUCUUUCUUUAAUUUGCAGCUGUGUACACAGGCUUGUUUUUUUAAAAGAUGUUGGAUCUUAGUGUCAGCUUUUUUGUGCCCCUUCAACACACACAUUUGAAUGCAUUUAGCACACAGCGUACAUACAAGGACAAGCAAUAACCUUAGUGGAGAUGUUCCGAUCUGACAUCUCUGUUUAAUGUUUUUUUGUAAGGGCUGGCACUGCUUUACCUGUACUUGUUCGUAGCUGUUCCGUGAAAGACAAUCCAUCAAUUAUCUGACCUCAUUACAAGGGUAUUUUGGGACUGCUCAGGGAAACUAUUGUUUUAUAGUUGAGGAGGAGAGUGAACGUGUCAGAAACUGCAAGGAGACGGCGUUAUAGUUAAGGUUGAUUUAAAAAAAAAAAAAAAGUGUAAAAAGUAGUGAAAUAAUUGUGAAAUUGUCCUCUUCGAGCAUCAGGGUCAGGUGUGUAAAUGAAGAAUCAUUGAAAAUAAUACUGAGCAGAAAGCAAUAAUAAUGGCAUAAUCAUGUUUUGAAAACAAAAAAUGCAUGGAAAUGCUUUAAAUGCAGAAUUUUGUCAUUUUUGUUUUUGUUUUUUUUUUUAGUUUGAAAUUUGCUUUGGUUUGACCUCUCCUACGUCCAGAUGUUUUUACCCCCUUCCUGUUUCUUUAGACACCUGAUUGGGCCUGUGUGUUCUCUGUGAAUAUUUUUUUAGCAAUCCUCAAUCCCACUGUUUGUGCUGGUUAUAUACCUAACUGUUUGGUUGGCUGUUAAAGAAGUAUUAUGGCACUUAAAUGGUUAGCAAUUUCUUAGACUCUCAUCAAUUAAACACAUUGAUUUCUGAUUUAAUCAAGGUUCAGUAUGGAUUACAGCUGUUUAUCAUUGCGACAUGUGUAAUGUGUUGUGUUAUCUGUGUGCUAGUCCAGAGGCCUGGAAUGUUCUUUCUUUAAUUUGCCAAUUAUUCUUGAGAUGCCCAUCACUAAGGCAGUAUUGCAUUCUUCUCUCGCUUUGGUUUUGGGGCAUGAAUACUUCAUCUUUCUACUGUAUGUGUAUGUUAAGGAGUGUAUCACAUUAACACAGUCCCUUUUAAGGUUGUCAUAUUUUCACUAACAAAUGACCAAAUGUUUUGUAUGAUAUACAGCGGGGAAACUAUUGAUUUGAUACCCUGCUGAUUUUAUAAGUUUGCCCACUUACGAAAAAAUGAAGGGUCUGUAUGUUUAUUUUAACGGAUAGAGACAGAAUAUCAACCAAAGAAAUCCUGAAAAAAAAAAAAGUAAAAGUAGCUUUUUUUAAAUAAAAUUAAAAAAAAGAGUGGACUAAGACCGGUAUGUGGGCAAACUUACAAAAUCAGCAGGGGAUCAAACAAGUAUUUUCCCCACUGUACACACCAUAAUAUGCUAAUUUGUGAGUAAUUCUAAUCGUUUGAGUGGAUCACGGUUUGUACUGAAGUAAAACAUCCUUCUGUUUAGAAGACCUGGGAUUUUCCUGUGUAUAGUUUUCCAUCAUUUUGAACCGAUUAACCAGUGCUCUUCUUUUGAUUUAAUCCACAAGCACUCUUCAGUUCACCAGUAGAUCUGUUUAAAUAGUCUGUUUCUUCCUAUUUGUUCAUUUUGAGGUAUUUUGCCUUUGUUUUGUAUAUACACCUGUACAAAAAUGCAAAAGUAUUGUUUUCUUUGAAAUACAGUUUUCAUCUAAUGUUGUGAUUUUUGUAUUUAGAGGUUUAAUCCCCUAAAUUACUUUUAUUAAAGGCGCAUGUCACACAUUGACAAAUAGUGUGUUGAACGUGCUGAUGACAAUAAAACUAUUUUAAAAAAUCCCACAA